AUGUAUUAUGUAAAAACAAGUAAAGACGGGAGCACUUUUAAUUACAUUCUUGAUGAUAGUGGAACACGUCCCAAGGUAAAACAUCAUUGAGUGAACAAAGUGCCAAUUGAUCUUGACGCAAUUGCUUGCAUUUUAUUCUUUGAUAAUAUAGUCUACCCAUGACCAGACCAGACAUGCUAACAUUAAUAGAACCGUAAUCCAAACCCUCAUUUUGCGCUGACUGUAAGAUUAUUCUCCGGCUUUUUUUAAGCCGGCGCGGCAAUAUAAUUUUUCGCUUGUUUCCUUUUUUCAGGCAUUUUGGGGUGCAAUAGAUGAUGGUGAUUUUGUGGCCAAAACGAACUUGAAGAAACCUGUCAAAGCUCGAUAUGUAUCGUUUAAUCCGAGAGAACCACAAACAGACGCAAAUGGUCUCUGUCUGCGAGUGGACGUUAAUAUAUGCAACGGCGGUAAAUAUCUGAAUUUGAGGUUAAGGACACAUGGGAAGGCUUAAAAAUAAUUGAUCAAAGGGACAUACCAAACAAAGAAGAAAUUCCAUCAGAUUUCUCCGCCUUCUCUCCAAUAUACAUCGAUAAUUCCUUUAAAGAGGAAAGUAUAAAAGGAACUGAAAUUAGGAGAGGAUACGCGUCUGUCGAUUGUAAUGAUAACGAAUAUAGAAUCGAUCCUGAAAUAAGGCUUGAAAAAAAAUUCAGGUUCGUAUCGCAGAGGCCAUGGGUUCAAAUCCCGUACGGGCCUGAAUGUUUUUCAGGCCUUAUUUAAACUACUAGUUCAGUAGUGCUCAUAACUGCGAUGAUCGAUUCUAUAUUCGUUUCUUCAACCGCAGUGCACACAUAUGAUUUUCAUAUGAUUACAGCUAUUAUAACCAACAUUUUUCUCGAGAACAACACCUUUUGUGGCUUGGCAAGGACCUAUGUGACGCCGGUGUGAUAAAAGCUUAAACAUUUUGUAAUGUUAUGCUUCUAAAGUAUCUGUGUGGCAUUUGCAGAACUGACACCUAUAAAUGGCGGAUGGACGAGUUGGUCCAGCUGGUCAGAAUGUUCUCAGCAGUGCCACAUUUAUGGUCAAGGAUCUGGAUAUGCCAUCAAGAGUCGGCAUAGGACUUGUUCAAAUCCCAUUCCUACGUUCGAAGGAGCCGCAUGCAAAGGGAAUUCGGGAGAAGAUGCCUUUUGCUUAAACAGCUGUUCUUGUAAGUGCUAUAAUUAUUCUAUCUAGUUUGACUUAUCAUGUUUUAGAUGCACCACCAACCAGCAAUAUAUUUUCCAAACAAAUAAAUCUUUGGGGCACGAUUUUGUAAUGGUAUUCUCAUUUCACAAUGUUUUCAUACAGCCACGAUUCUUCCCACGAUGCAAAUUUUAUGAAACUUUAUGAAAAAGUUUUAUCAGCGUCUCCAAAACUAACAAAGGGGUCGCAUUCACUCUUGGCCCACCUUUAACACGCCUACGCCUUUAGAAAUUAAAACAACCAAAUUGUUCUGAUUCCUUGUAGCUCAAGUGAAUGGAAAUUGGGGUCACUGGUCACAAUGGUCUGCCUGCAGUAAAACUUGCGGUAACGGGACAGCAACUCGGACAAGGAAAUGUGAUAGUCCUCCUCCCUCUGGCGGCGGGUCCUCUUGUGUUGGAGACGCAAAACAAACGAAGUAUUGUAGUGAUCGUCUGCAUUGUCCAAGUAGGUGAUAAUCUAAAUGCAAGUAUUUACUGCUCAUCUCAUUUUUUUAUGCCAAAACGAAUGAACAUGAAACCUUUAAUUUUCAAGAUCGAACAUUUUAGUCCCUCUUGUUGAUCAAACUUCUUGCUUCGCUAUUCCCGAAUAAUGGAAAUAUCUCCUACUACUGAAAUUUUUAUCAUACAGUAUUAACUUUCCUUCAAUUUACUUUUCAUUGCAUAAAACAUAAAAAAAGCCUUAGAGUGUGUUGCUCAAUUUCUGGCCGUUAUAAACUAGAACGAUAAUCUUUUUUUUUCAGCACGAGGAAAAUUUCGAAAUUUUUGGGCGUGCGAUAGUUUAUUUAUUCACAUUCAUCUAAGUCACGCUUGUUUUGUUGCUCAUAAACCAUGGGCUGGAAAAUCGACUAAAUACUUGAUGCGCAAAACCUUGCUUUUUCUCCUUUUCUCUUGAAAUGCAUAGUUAAUGGUGGAUGGUCUCCCUGGUCCAGCUUUGGAGGAUGCUCGGUGAGCUGUGGAGGAGGGAAACAGACACGGUAUAGGACAUGUAACAGCCCAUAUCCUCAGCAUGGUGGCCAUGACUGUGCGGGGAGUAAUGUCGAUCAUCGAAACUGUAACUCUGACCCAUGUCCAAGUACGUAUCACAAAGAUACCUGAGGUACAAGACGGUACCAGGGAUCAAUUAUAGGGUGGGACACAAAUCACAAGAAGAUGAACCCUUUCCGCGCUUCUGAAACGAUGACAAACUGACAACAAAAUGCUGUGGUGAUUAUUUCCAGUAACCUUGUACUGAAACCACCAGUGAAGUAGAGAGAGGAAUGGAGACUAUUUAUUAAAGCUCGACUCCCAUCCCCUUGGUCCGCGCGGAACUGGUGCAAACAGAUUAGAUUAUAGAUUAUAGAUUCUAAACAUCCAUACGAUGUAGAGCUCUACUUUUUUAAAAUUUAUUUGCAAGUAUUUGUUAUUUAUUCCUUUCUCUGUUUGGUCAGUUAAUGGCGGCUGGACUAAUUGGCAGUCAUGGUCAGGUUGCUCUGCGACGUGCGGAGGAGGUUCACAGACGCGCAAGCGCUCUUGCAACAAUCCCCCACCACAACAUGGCGGCAUUCACUGUAAAGGAAGCGAUACAGAUCGUCAAUCUUGCAACACUGAAAAUUGCCCCAGUAAGUAGAUUUCGCAGAUAAUAUCUGUAGAACCUUUUACAAAUGGCUACAGAAGUUUAAAAAGCUAAUCCUACGGAAAAAUUCUGUUUUUGUAACAAUUUUAUCUGACUUUUAUUUUGUAAAUGAAACCAGAUGUGUUAAUUAAGCCUUUCCCUUUUUUACUCAAACGCUUUUUUUCGUUCUAAUUCACCUAUUAGUUACAUUUCAUAUUGUGUGAACCUUCGUUCACUGAGCGGAAAAAAAUUUGUUGAGGUAUGUCCAUGUCGUAAAAAUUCAAUAUAAUCCCCUUGGGAAGGAAGUAAAUUACAAAUUGUGCCCGUAACUCUCGACGAAACAAUAUCUUCCUGUUUCGUUAAUGCUAAACAUAGUCUUACGUAGCGCAGAAUUGACUCCAAAUAUGGCGAGGCGACUCCUUUUUGAAUCAUCAUGUUUCCAUUUUAGUUAAUGGAGGCUGGACUGAGUGGACACAAUGGUCUGCCUGUGACAAAACGUGUGGCGGUGGCAGCUCCUAUCGACGAAGGCAAUGUACCAGCCCACCACCUCAGAACGGUGGCAAAACAUGCCCUGGAAAUGGUUACGAAGUUCAGAGUUGCAAUUCGCAAGGAUGCCCAGGUACUUACCAAAAUCAAGUCCAAAUCAAUGAAUCGAUUAAAUUAUUGUCGUAUUAUAUUUACCCAUUACAACUUCCAAAACCAAUGAUCAGUUCAAAAAGAUUUAAAAAAGGAAUAAUCUCACUCCCAUGGAUAUCUUUAGCAGGAGUUAACACAUGAUUAGUAAUAUCCUCGUAUUUAGUAUUUCAAAUCUUGAUAAGAGAGUUACUCUGAGUCAUUUGAAGCCACACAAUAACACUCUCCUUUAACCGUUUCAAAGUGGCGUUUAUUGUUCAUGUUCGUUUUCAGUUACUGAAUUUAAAUCAAAGAUUCCAAUAUUUCAACUCUAUUGGUUCUGCUCCUUCAUCUCGGCUAUUUUUGGAGAGUGAUUAAGAAUUGAGCCUUCUUGACAUGCUUUAUUCCGUUGGGAGCAAUCUCCGUCACUAUUUUCUAUUUUAUUGUAUCCACUUAUGAUCAAUGACUUCGCACGAGUUAAUCAGAGCCUUUAAAAAUGAUGUUUUAUCUGAAAUAGUCAAUGGUGGUUGGAGUGCGUGGGGUCAGUGGUCGAGCUGUAGUAAAUCCUGCGACGGACAGCGAACGAGGCAGCGCUCGUGCGCCAAUCCUCCGCCAUCCAACCAAGGAGCCUCUUGCCCAGGGUUAAGAGUACAAUCUGAAGCGUGCAAUGUGGGAAAGUGUCCAGGUAAGUGCAAGAAUAGCUUAACUUUAUACCUAAAAAAAAAACCAGACUUAAGGUGAGCUAUUUAUAGAGGGAAAACCAAAAUACCGUACAUACCUCAUUCGAAUCAUGCACUAUAACGCAUUUGUUCAUCGGAAAUCACGUGAAAUACUCAGGAGGAUUGAUUUUUCCACUGUAAAGAACCAAAAGGUGCAUAAUAACUCGAGAAUCAACCAAGAAUAUUGUCGCCCAGGAACCUCAACAUGAUCAGUAACUGGUUAACGGAUGAAUUAAUAACGAUACUUUAAACUGACGAAAUUUACUUGAGACCAGUGGUAUCAAGUUUAUUGUGAACAGACCUUCUCUUGGGCUCAAAAGGAGAACAAAGAAACCUUGGAAACCCAACAUUAGUUGAUAAACGCAGGUUUCAUACAAAAUUCUCUUUUUUUCAAAAUUUAGGCCCAGUACAUGGCGGCUGGAGCGACUGGAGUGAAUGGUCGACCUGUACAAAAUCGUGUAGUGGAGGAACACAAAAGAGGACAAGAUCUUGCACUAACCCUACUCCUGCACAUGGUGGAAAUAGCUGCAGUGGAAACUCAGAGGAGUCCCAACAGUGCAACAAACAAGCAUGUCCAGGUAAGAAAUAGGGGAUCGAAGGCAUAAAACUACCCUCAUAGUGAAGGAAUCUACAAAAUAUCUGUUUCGUGAGACAAAAAGAUUGAAUGUCUUCGUUCCUUUUGUUUCCAGUGGACGGCGGGUGGACUGAGUGGGCCCAAUGGACAGGAUGCAGUGCAACAUGCGGAGGUGGAACACGAUCAAGAAGACGUGCCUGUACCAAUCCACCACCGUCCAAUGACGGAUCAGGAUGUACUGGCGGAUACGUGGAGGUUGAAAGGUGCAACACACAAUCGUGUCCAGGUGAGGUAUAGGAAGAAGAACCUGGAAAGUUAACCAAGAGUUACGUACGACAUUCCUUUUGGGGUGAUGAGUUUGGAUUAUUAUUUUUUUGUAUAAAAGCAGAGAAUUUGUAACAUUUUGUCCCAGAAAUUGUAAUUUCGACUCUAAAUACUUCGUUUUUCUUGACAGUAACUUGGCACCCGAAUGCGUAGAUUUGAUCUUUUAAAAAGGUAAAGAUAACCGUGAGGACAAAUGAUGUUGAAAAUCUACCAUGCUUCUUUUUCUUUAUUGCUGCUAGUGGAUGGCAAAUUUUCUCCGUGGACUCCAUGGAAACAAUGCAGCAAGACGUGUGGAGGAGGAACACAAACCCGGACACGGCAGUGUGGUAGUCCCCCUCCCUCCCAGGGUGGGAAGCCCUGUGUUGGAGAUACCCUCCAGACCCGAGUGUGUAGCACCAACGUCUGUCCAGGUGAGUUCUAUUAGUGUUUUCGGCUUCCAAAUUGGUACUCAUAAGUAAAAAAGAAAGGUAUACCGAGGGAUCCUUCCUUCCACCGAGAAAUUAACGGAUAAUGAUUCACUCCACAGCAAAAGUAAUGGUUAAAGUUUCAACUAAAAGAAAAGAAGGUAGAGUUGUCCUUUGGCGACUCUAACACACGGCAAAGUCAAAUCUGAAGAGCAAGAAAUGGUCAUCUUUUUUACCAUUCACGCAGCAGUAAUGAGAAAGUUUUCGGUGACAAUGAUUAACCAAUCAACCAUAGACAUAGACAAAGUAAGACAAAAAGCCUAGCUAGCUCUUCUCUGUAAUUUACAGAGAGAAAUCGACUUCAUUCUUUCCACAGCUGAUGGUAGUUGGUCAAAUUGGGCAAGUUGGACCUCCUGUAGCAGGACAUGCGGUGGCGGAACACAGUCAAGAAGACGUCAGUGCGACAGCCCGCAACCGUCCAACGGAGGAAAGUUUUGUCCUGGCGACGAUACAGAGACAAGGGAAUGCAUGACCCAGGCAUGUCCAGGUAAAAGCAUCAUCGAUUCGUUUCUCGGCCACCGCAAUCCUUCUUUUUAAGGACAGUAACAAUUCAACGCUCCAGAGUACAAUUAGAACUGAUGGCACUCUGCACCCGAUAAUAGUUUCAGGCUGAAAGUAUCACCGAGAGAAUAAAUUAUAGCACUUCGUUAGAACUCUGACGUGGGGCCGAUGCUCGAAACGUCAGCUUUAGAAACUCUUUCCGAUGGCCAAUUUACUUUAAGUUAGAUAAUAAAACCAAGUAAACUUGUAAUACCUAACACCGACGCAGCUCGACAAUUUCUUUGGAAACUUACCUCAUUUGCACAGAAAUAGUUUCUGUCGCUUAAAAUUGAUAGCUUCAUGAUCCUUUCUUAAUUUCAGUUGAUGGAGGAUGGACUAACUGGGCUACAGGGCCAUGCAAUGUUCUAUGUGGCGAUGGAAAACGUAACCGAACAAGAACGUGCACUAACCCACCCGCCUCGGGAGGCGGUGACGUCUGUAUGGGGCCAGCCUUUGAAACGGAGAACUGUAACUCUGGGCCUUGUAAAGGUGAUGAAAUUAGCUUAUUUCAUAAUUUAGAUUACUAGUUAUUAUUAGGUGAAAGAAAAGCACAAGUAAGGCCAAAACUGAUUGAUUAUACUCGCGAAAAAACGCUCUCUACUCUCCAAGAAUUUCAGUUGCAAGGAAAGUCUUACAUUUACCAGAUCACCUCAGUAUCGUUCAACAUAAUGUAUGAAGAGUGAAAUCGGUUGCAGAGCAAUAUGUACCGGGUUUGCUUUUGGAAGUAAAAAACUAAUAGAUAUACUACUUUUACAGCAACUACGGCGCCAACGGCUACUGCAUUGCCUACACCUACUAUAGGUGAGUACACGUUAUUUAAAUGGCACUGUCACUAUUGCAACAAUUUUUGCUGUUCUAAAUUUCUGUACCCGAUGAAAUUUUACAAUCCUGCCCAGCUUCACUAAAUUCAGGCAGCUGUGUUGAAACACACCACUUUUUACCAAGUUUUCGUCGAAGCUCUAUAAAAUCCAAUUACACCUGUCGGUUUUUGUUAUAAAUAGUCUAAAAAUAGUCUAUUUAGAGCCAAAAUAUCUAUUCUCUUCCUCCAUUUCUUUAGAUCCGAAUAUCCCCAAAAUUGACCUGGUGUUUGCCAUUAGUGCCACAUCAGCAUCAUCUAAACAAUCUUAUGAGCUAAUGAAAAACACCGUCAAGAAAUUCAUCGAUACAUACGGCGUGAACAAAAUCCAUUACAGCGUCAUUGUGUACGGCAAUCAAGUAAUCCGAGUGGUCAAUUUUAACAGAACCUUUCCUCUCUCCGCAAAUGAGCUUAAAACAGCCAUUGAUCGCCAACCUGCUUUGCCCGGGGGCCCCGUGCUGACAAAUGCAUUACAAGAAGCUUAUCGGGUCUUUAAAGAGAGUGUUGGACGAUCUGGUGCUAAGAAGGUCUUGGUAGUUAUUACAGAUAGGAAUUCUGGUUCGAGUACAAACUCCUUGAGCCAAGCAGUGAGACCGCUAGAAGAUCUAGGGGUCUUGGUGAUUUCGAUAGGAGUAGGAAAUGAAGUCUCCAGAAGCGAGUUGAAUAUCAUUUCACCUAACCCGUUGGACGUCAUAUCCGCUCGUUUGAACAUCAAUCCAUCAGUAUUGGCCGUGCGUAUAAUGGAAAGGAUUCUCAGACGUAAGCCAUUUCGCUCAGCUUUACUUCGACAAUAUUGUUUCAUUGCUAUUGCUGCUGUUAAUGUUGUCGUUGCAAGUCAAAGAUGUCUUCCCUGUAUCCAGUCACUUUGAAUCUAAUGUGUUCUCCUAAGUGUUCUGUUGUGAAUUCCAGUCAUUCUAUCAGUCACCCAGUUAGUCUGAUAGUCAGUCUGUCAGUCAGUCAGUCAGUUAGUUAGUCAAUUUGUCACUUUGCCAGUCUGUCAGUCUAUCAUUUUGUCCGUCAGUCAGUCAGUCAAUUUAUUUACCAGUUAGUGUGUGAGUCAGUAAGUCUACAGUCUCUCAGUCAGUCAUUCAGUCCACCGGUCGGCCAAUCAGUCAGUCUGUCUCUAAUAGAAUCUUUUCAUUCAUUCAAAUUUCCAGUUAAUUUCCCAGACGUUGACGUUGGUUUUGCCAUCAGUGCUGCGUCAGCUGAUUCAGAUAAAAUCUUCAGUCUGAUGAAACAAAUAAUCAACACAAUUGUUGAUCGUUAUGGAGUUAAUAAAGUCCGGUUUAGCUUCAUUGUUUACGGAAGCAGGGUAACCACUAGAUUCACCUUUGACAAUGCACCAAUAACUCAGGAGGAACUCAUCAAGGCAGUGAAUGGAACUGAGAAGGUUACUGGAGACCCUGACCUCGAAAAAGCUCUAGAGGAAGCAGAACAGCUGUUCACAAAGACAUCCAGGCCUAACGCUACCAGAGUGUUUGUUGUGCUCACGGAUAUCGUCGGAAGUGGAGAUGAUAACUCGCUUAUAGCCACUUCUGCCAGAUUACGAAAGGGAGGUGUGCUUAUUCUAUCAGUAGGAUUUGGACAACAGGUGAACGCAAUUAGUAACCAGAUGACAAAGGUGGUUAUAGCACAAAGUGAUUACAUUAGUGUGCCGGAUUUUACUACACAGAGACCAGUUGUGAUAGCAGAGACCAUCAUGUUUAAAGCACUGCAGGGUAAGUAUAACUUUAAGUGUGUGCCGCUUAUGCCUAGAGAUUAAGCAUUGACACUUGUGUUAGGACUGAGUAGAUGGCGAUAUUUGUUGGAAAUGAUUUUUUUGCAACGGCGAGUUAGUGCGUUUCAAAGAAGGGAUGAGGUUUGUUCGAACCUUUAAAUUUUGAGAACUUGAUUUGGUACAGUGAUCAUGAUAACUUAUUUCUUCCUUCCUUCUAAAUUCAGCCAAUAUUCCAGAGAUCGACCUGACUUUUGUCAUCAGUGCUACUUCCGCUUCAACCGAAAGAACAUUCACAUUGAUGAAGUCCACAAUCAAUAACAUAAUUGACAAGUAUGGAAUCAGCCGAAUCCAUUACACCGUAAUUGUUUUUGGCUCUGGCUUCACAACAAGUGUUGACUUCUCUACUAACGUGCCAGACAAAGAAACAUUGACUCGUUUGGUGACGAGUCUUCAGAGAGAGACUGGAACUCCAGACCUGGCGAAGGCUCUCCAAGAGGUCAAGAGAGUGUACGAGUUGAGGGAGGUCCGGCCUAACGCGAAAAAAGUGCUUGUGGUCAUUUUGGACAAAACAACGGACAAUAGCAAAGUUCAGUUAGAGACGAUUGCAACCGAUUUGGUCCAGAAGAGUAUUCUAAUCAUCGGAGUCGGUAUUGGAAGAUCAGUGGAUCGAAAUGAGCUUAUUUACAUUACCGAAGAAAACCGAAAUAUCAUUGAAGUAGAACCAACUGAGAGGCCAGAGGAAGUGGCAAGGGAAAUUAUGAAGAUCAUUUUAAGAAGUGAGAUUUAUUGAACUACUUCGUAUUGUUUCCUAGUUUUAUUGAUCAUCCAGAUAUUCAGGCAUAGGGAGAUCCUUUGUGCUUUUGACUGCUGCUGACUUCCGAUCCUUUGCACAAGGUUGCUAUAGCCUAUGAAAGAAAAAAAGGAAAAAAAAGAAAACUAGCAGAAAAUUGAUAACUAUCAACUCUGGACACUUGGUCAAGUUAUCGAACAAUUCUGCACAUCAUCCAUUUUUCCCUAUGUCAUUGCUGUCCGCAUAAAUGUUCGCAAAUUUUAACGAAAAUUUUAAUCAAUUGCAGCUUCCGGUUAUUCACAGUGGUCGGAAUGGAGCGCAUGCUCAAGAACCUGUCGCCAGAGAGGCGUUGCCGGGACCAGAAGACGCACGCGCACUUGUGAUAUUCGUGAGCUAGGAUGUGAUGGCCCUAGUGAGCAAUUUGAAGAAUGCAACAAAAUAGACUGUGAAGGUCAGUACACUUGAUUUUUAGUUCAACAACUCUUGAAUCUUGUUGGUAACUGAUAAAUAUUGUUCAGAGUACCUCAGGAAUUAUCGCGGACUAAAACUCCGAUAACAAAUGAAAACUGUAGGAAACCAUCUAAAUCCUAAGGAAAGAAAACUCUUCAUACAUAGACAGAGUAAGAAAUUCGGAGGAAACACGUUAAGUGGCAAGGCAGCAUAAAGCAGAAUAAAAAAUUAACAUAUGACACACCUACUCUCAGUAAAUUAAAUACGUACGUAAAUUUAAUGUAGUCCUGGGUUUGCAAACACUGAAAAAACCCAUAUUAAUUAUAUUUGUUAGGCUGUGCGGAAAGGACCUCACUCAAUGACACAAAUUACAGUGCCUCGACUGUUGAACAACCGGCUCAGUUUGCCAAGCUGGACACUUCUAACCCGAGUGCAUCGCAAAGAGCCUGGUGCAGAGACAUCAACAACGUUGGUGGCUAUUUGCAGAUAGACUUAGGUAAAAAACCUUUUAAAGAUAAUAUUAAGGUUCAAAGGAGCUAAGUCAUGGGUUUUGCUUCAUAGACAAUUUAUCCUAAAUCUUUAAAUUUUGGCAGGUCCAAUUUGCGUUAAUUUGUUCUUUAGCUCCAUUUAUACAAGGACCGCACGGUUUAUUUUUCAUACCAGGGUUUGCAAAAUAUCAAAAUUGCGUAACAAGGAUACGACGUUCCUUAAAGGCAAUUGAUUUCUUGAGAAAACCAUAAGUUCCCUUUAGAUAAAAAAAAGCCAUUCUGUUACUGCGUGACCUUUCAAUGCUGACCCUGGUUCACGGAAUCUUAAGACUUCAUCAAUUUGAAGAAAACAAAACAAUUCUUGUUCUUUAUCACCUCAGGGGAAACUGCUGAUGUUUACCAGGUGGCUACAAAAGGUCAGGAACAAAACGAUCGAUGGGUUAGGAGUUAUUACAUAACGCUGAGCUCAGAUGGCAACUCCUUCUUUAACUAUACCCAAGGCGGAAGAACUAAGGUUGGUCUUCUCUUUAUUCUUUAGUUUAAAGCAUUUGAAAAUGUUCUUACCUGUGGACAGUUUGUAUUCGGAAGUUCGCAAAUGACAGACGAGGGCUUCAUUAUAGACUCAAUAAACUUGUAUAACAUAGCAAACCGAACGACACGAAAGUACUGCUCAGAGGCUUACAAAUGAACAACCAUCAACAGCACGAUGAACAGAACCCGCUCGCACAGGAAUAGUUAACAAUUGAUCAAGAGAGUAGUGCUAAGUAGCUCAAAUUGUAAGACCUUUAACUGGGUUAAUGAUGGAAAUCUUAAUAAAAAGCAAUUCAUUAUAAGAUCUUAAAUUUUGUCUAUUAUCUCGCAAAUAACUGUAGGUAUUCUCUGGCAAUCGGGAUUCAAGAUCCGUUGUUUUUAACAACCUCAACGCCACGCAAGCCGUUCGAUAUGUCCGUUUUUAUCCAAUCACAUUUAACCAGCAACCAUGUAUGCAGGCGUCGGUGUUUGCCUGCACUGGUGAGUCACAUCUGCUAUUUUAUACUUCAAAGAAUUCCUAUUAAACAGAAUUCGAUUCAUUUAACAAUGAUUUUCACUUUUGUAAGUUUGUUAUCAACUUAAUGUUAUUUAACUGCAGCAAUGUAAUAUCAGGUUGAAGUUACUAAAGUUGAGGGUAACUGAGGUAAAUUCCACGGAAACAGGUCGAUUAUUUACUUUUUCUCAGUUUCAUGGUUAUCUUAACUCCUGGAGUCCAAUCAGAUAUAUAAUAUGUUUCUUUUAUUUUCUGUGUCUAGAAAUAAUAGACCCAACAGCAAAUCCAGCUCGAAUUUCAGAAGAUGCAGGAAAUGGAAUUUGUAAGUUGUUGUAACAUUUCUUGUCUUUUUUUUGUGGGAUUUUUCUUUACAUUGUGAUUCUUACCACUUUGGAAUUGUCAAUGUAAGUGCAUUUGUUUGAGCUAAGUAAAGCCAAACCCAAAGCAACUACGACGAGCAAUCAUAUGAGAAGACACAAUAACCACCCGGCAGUCUUUGCGAUGCGCGGGAAAAGGAAAGUGACCUUAUCGCGAUUAUAGUUCAAUCUCAUUUUCAUUAACCCUUUAACCCCUAACAGUGACUAGCAUCUAAUUUCUCCUCACAAUAUCACCACUGAAUCACACAUCAGUGUCAUGAGAAUAAAGGAAAUGAUCACCAACUGAAGAAACUCUUGAUUGUUGGACGAAUUCUCCUUGUCAGCACCUCAGUAAAUGUACAGAGAACAGGAUGGAGAGUAUGAAUACUGAUGUUGAGGUGUAAAGGAUUAAACAAACUAAUCCUGCAACUUUUUCAUAUUUUUAGUGAUCGCGUUGUGGAUAUUGGCUGGCAUCUUAACUUUCCUUCUUCUCCUGGCCUGUUUGUAUUAUUGUUGCUGGCAUGUUUGCUGCAAGAGGUAAAGAGCCCAUAAUAAGUCAUUUCUAUUUUACCACUGAGCAUGUCUUACAUGUAUGUGAACCUGGAGGCUGUGCAUUCAACAUACUCAGCUGUAAUUUUAGAAAUUAUGCCUGCAACGAAAAUUCGUGGGUAUGUGCCGUAUUGGGAAGAAAAAUAGAGGCGAAACUUAUAUGCCUGUCUUUUCUUUAAGGGAUCAGCGUUGUAGGAGAAGAUUCUACGUAAUUUUGAACACGAAGGACUUUCUUCCACUCUCCUUGAGAAAGUACCCAUCAUUUCAGGCGAAGUGUUGGAGAAAUUCUCGAGAACAAUGGAUGGCUUGCUUUUAACUUGUAAUCACUAUGUAACCCUUUCACUCCCGUGAGUGAUCAAGACAGAAUUUCUCCUUACAGUAUCAAUACAAUAUCAAGCAGACUAGUGACAAGAAUAAAGAAAAAUAUCAGCUAGGGGAUUAUUGGUUGAUCUAAGAUUAAAUUUCCUUAAAUAACAUCAUAAGAAGGGUAUGCCCAAUAGUGAGGAGAAUUACUCAUGAGAUCUUGGGAGUGAAAGGGUUGAAGUAUUCCUGAGGGCUUACUAACUCUCUUAAUUUCUUUCAUUGGCAUUUAGAGGGAAGAAAAGUAAAGGUCUGACAGCUUUUAGCGAAACAUCCACGGAAGAAGAUGGCGGGUAUCUUAUAGAAGACGGUGAAAGCAAGAGAUGGAAUCCUCGUGCGGUUCCCAUGGUGGCAAGAGCACCAAAGGUCGACAAGGUUCCCGAAGACGAGGUGCAAGAGGUUAGCAUUGAGAUGAAAGAAGACGGUCCCCAACUUGGUGAGUACUUCGCUUCCUUUUUUUGAAUAAGAAGACCUUCGUGUAUUCUUAUAAACUCGAAAUUAAUUCAUCAUUCUCUGCGUGCACAAUGCAUGUACGAUCGAACUCAAUUACCCAUGGAAUAACUAAACCGUGUCACCUGUAUUACCACUGUUAAUUGAUAAUUCUCCUCCAACUAAAUGUUUUCCAGGUGUCAUCCAAUUCGGCAUCGAAGCCGAUAACACAAAAGACCAACACGUAACAGCAGAAACUGUCCACUCAGAGACUCCAUUGUAUUCUCAAGAGGUCAACACUGGAACAGUCAAAAAAGGCGCUACAAAGAUGACCAUGAGUUCCACUGACACCCAGAAAAGGAAACGCGCUCAGAGCGAAUCUGCUGCUGCAACUCUUGAGGAGGCCGAGGCUACUUCCAAACAAUGGUCGUACCAGACAGAACAGAGGCAGAGCUCUGCUUUUGCUAAUGAAGGUUACAUGAGGUAUAUUUCAUUAUCACGGAGUAUUCAGAUUAAGUGUCAGGCAAGCAAAAGUAAAGUAAUCACAACUUCCAAUUAAAAUAAAAGUUAGUAUCAGAAGGAGCCCAUUCAAAUUCAAAGAAAACAGGGCAAAUGUGCGAAAGAAUACUCAGAGAAUAAUUUCAGUUUUAUAUUUUAAUGGGUCAAGAGGGUCACGCACUCGUUCAAGACAAUUCCACCGAACAUCUUUAGUAAGCAACAAGAAAAUGAAGUUUAUCCGCUUCAUGGAAAAGAAGACAGUCCAGUAAACGCCUCUGUUUCACGGAACAGUCUCGAUCAAAACUGCUCCUACUUACCCUUAUCCCAUCCUCUUAUUUAGAUCUCAAGAGUCAAUCGCACCUACUCAAGUUCGUACCCGAACUCAGGAAUUAAGACGCGCUCAAAGCGCAGAUGAACUGUCCGCCAUCGACUACGACAUGUUCGAACAACGACGCGAGUCGGCUCAGAGCGCCUUGAAAGGAGAAAUGAGUCGUGAUGGUUACAUGAGGAUGAAACAAAGCAGCCGAGGUUCUUCAGUCGAUGAAACGGACCGGGGCUUCCAAAUGGGGACUGUAGAUUUGGCUAUCGGAGGUAUCGAGGCACCGAAUGUCCAACGGGGAUCGAGCCAGUUCUAUGGAAUGGAGGAACAGGAGAUGACAUUCUCGGCAGAUAAUGGUGGACGUCAUUAUUAUGAAUUGGAAGACGGGGGAUACCGUACGGAAGAGUGGUAUGCUCGUGGGGGACAUGAGCCCGGUCGGUUGAGGGAUGAAGGAUUUAGGGAGAUCCAUGUGGAACAUCAACCUAUCUACCACGAAAUAGAACAUGAUAACAAGGUUAGUGAGGAACGUGUUUGUUAUUCAUGCGCAAAAUAUGAUAAAUUUGUCAGAGAAUUCUAACAGAUAUCAAUAUCAUGGAGAAAAUCGGAUCUAAGUGUGUUUACUACUUUUAGUCUGAGUUCAAGGUAUAACCAAAGCUUUGCACGAAUAGAAGAAGUAAUAUACGGUUACAUAUGCGAUGUCGAGACAGUCCGGGCCGUAGUUUUAUCUCACUUAUAUCCAUGCUUUAUAUUUUAACAUAUUUCAAUAUGAAUAUGUUUUAUUGAAUUUUUUAAUAUUUUCUUAAAAAACAGUUUUCGAUUUAUUUUCUAGGAUUCAUUUGUAAUUUUCAAGUAUUGUAAAGUUUUUGUAAUAAUUGCGUAAUUCAGCCUUCGGCUGCGAUGUAGUUUUAAUAAACUAUCUAUCUAUCUAUCUAUCUACUAUUUUUAAAUCUGAAAUUAAGAAAUAUAGCCCUGUUUUUAUCGUUCAGUUUGUUAAACUCCUGUUUGGAUGUUGUUUUUGCUUACUUUUGGUGCUGUCGUCGUCGUUAUGACAAAUUGUAUCAAACUUUCAUUGUUUUAUCUGAUCAUUCCAAUUAAAUUUAUGUUUUUUUUUAUUUCUUAGGGCUUCAGGCACAGCCGACUUGUCUAAUAGGAACAACUGCGAAGUCGAAACUAAGUCCUUCCAUACAAAAGAAAACGAAGGAGGAUUACAAUCUUUUCAACGAAAAUUUAGUGAAAUUCUUCGAAAACCGAUUAGUCUAACUCGAUGGGUUUAAAGGUCUAACUUUAGAGGUGGACCGCUUUUUCUGAAGUCCAAAAAAUUUUAGUUAAAUUGAUUGCAGUCAGGUUUUUCUGUGAAACCUACUCACUGACGGUGUGGGUGGGAUAGAUUUAAUAAGAUAACAUUAGAAAAUUCUCAUUGUGCGUGGAGAUACAGCUGUAGGUAUGAAUUAAGGUGCAGAUCUCUCGUUUUGCUCUUCUCCAGGUCAGAGGCGAAGGAAAUAGAAAAUUCUUUCUUCUUCUUUUGACCGAAAGGCGUUCAAUGAAUUAAAAUGCAUUAAUAAAUAAAUAAGAAGUUGGAGCAAAUUUAUUACUUAGGGACAAUAUUGACGGCGAUAAUAUUUCUUCCUACCAAAAAAGAAAAAAAAAAAAACAAAUGUGUGAUUAUUAGUGUGUAUUAUUAUUUUUUUUAUAUUAGAAAUUAGCUCUUUCUGUAUAUUUCCAAUUCCUUUUUGCCCAUAGAACUAAAGAAAUUCGCACGUUUGCGAAAAGGCUAUUGCAAAGUUUUUCCAUUCAAGAGAGAAGGCCUUGUCACCUAAACUUGCAGUCGAGAAACAUUUUGCUUGGGUAUCUCUCUAUAGGCGAAAUAAUUUAUUAGCCCAUUUGCUCUCCUUUUUAACUAUAAGAUAAAAACAUAGUGGGCAGUUCUUUUCUAGAGAAUCCUAUUAGGAAAUUUACAAGCAUUUUGUACAGUUGAAAAAUGUUUACUUUGUUUGUCGAGUUACAGUACAGGAGUUUCAGUACAUUGCUAUCUUGCUGUAGUUUAAAUUAUUGAAUUUAAUCGAUUAAAUUCUUAUUUCAAUUGUAUUAGCUGGAGGCAUUCCUUGAAAUAAAACAUGGU